AUGGCGACGGUUCUCGGCAAGCGGAAAAAGUCGUCUGGGACAAAAGAGCCCACUGGCGAGGACGCCAUUCAGGAUAUCUUCCGGCGACACUUUGAGGCCCAGUUCAAGCCCCUGCCCGUGGUCGCAAAAAAGGCCGAGAAGAAGGCGGGCAAGAAAGCGAACGCAAACUCGACCGAGACAAGCGGCAGGAGGCUGAGGACGGCCGCGACGGUUGUUAAAAACGAGAACGAAAGCGACAACGACGAGUCAGAAGCUUCAUCGGCGUGGUCAGGAUUGUCUGAAGACGAAGAUGAGGACGAGGAUGUGAAGGAAUCCGGCGACGCAGCACCGGCGGUCGAGGUCGUCGACUACAGUACCGACCCAACAAAAGAGACCCCUGAGGCGAUCAUGACCAAGCAUGAGCGCAAACUCUAUUUGGUGAGCUCGCACCACGGUUCUACUGCAUGCCGCAUUUGCUCUUCAUCCGCUAACCACAAACUUCUCUCUCUCCAACAGUCCAAACGACCGCCAACGUCGUUUGACGAGGACGCCACGCGCGCCGCCAACAGCAAGAAGAACAAGAAGAAAGAGGAGGCCGACAAACAACAGUACAAGGACGCGCCCGACCUGCUCGCCAACGAUCUCGAGCUGCAGCGCCUCAUCUCCGAAUCCCACCUCCUCGCCGGCGCCUUUACCUUGCCUUCGUCCUUUUCCACCUCGUCCGGCGCCGCCUCUACUUUUGGAGCCGCCGGCGCCGCCGGCACAGCCAACCUGGCCAACCACAAGAGCAGCCAGCCCUUUGCUGCGGGCAAGCUGCGCCAGCGCGCCACCGACCUGCGCAUCCAGGCUGUCGCCAACAAGGCCAAGGGCGACGCGGUGGCCGGCGGAUCCGUCACUGUGAACCAGGCAAGCGAGAGCAUCUUCACACAGGCCAAGAUGCCCAUGGCUAUGCGCAAGGGCAUUGCAGCAGCCGCGGCGUCGCGCGAGAGCAAGCGACGCCAGGAGGCGCGGGAAAGUGGCAUUGUGCUGGAGCGGCCGGCCCUGAAGCCGAGCAAGUCCGCGGCGAAACGGAUGCGUGCCGUGGAUGCGCCGGCCGUGGGCCGCUUACGGGGCUCCGAGCUGAAGCUGCGCGACCGGGAUGUCCGGGCGAUUGAAGGUCCCAAGAAGGCCAUGCACGGCAAGAAGAGGAAGAAGCGGAGGUGA